CGAAUUACAUUUUAAAUUUCAGGGCGGUGCGCGUUCCUGCUCCAAACGAAAGAGCCGGAGGACCAGUUAACUCGCUUUACCAUCAACAGCCUGACUCCACUUUAGUGAUUGAUACCUGAGAAAGUGGCAAAAUGUCUGAAGAAAAGCCAAAGGAAGGAGUAAAGACGGAGAACGACCACAUUAACCUCAAGGUAGCCGGUCAGGAUGGAUCUGUGGUUCAAUUCAAAAUCAAAAGGCAUACUCCGCUCAGCAAACUAAUGAAGGCAUACUGCGAAAGGCAGGGAUUGUCGAUUCGCCAGAUAAGGUUUAGGUUUGAUGGACAGCCAAUCAAUGAAACAGACACACCUGCACAGCUUGAGAUGGAGGAUGAGGACACUAUUGAUGUUUUUCAGCAACAAACAGGAGGGCUCUAAGUGUCAUGGAGACUGUUGGUAGAGUGCCCCCCUCCUUUGUUUCCCCUCCAUGUUGUAUUUGUUUCUUUCUGCUUUUACUUAACUGUUGACUAAAUGUCAAGCUGUUCAUGAUGACUUUCCUCACAAGGGGCCAAAUCUUGGCUUUGAGAUGUAGGGUAUCUCUUUUAAACAGGUUUUAUUCACUGAGGUGGAUGAUUUUAAAUUGUUCAAGGCAGGGACACAUCUCAAAUCAGACAUGUUCUGUAAUAAUUUAAAAAUGGAGGGCAUCUACAUUUUCACACAGCAGAGCAGAUUUAUUGAAAUGCCGAGUUCUUUGGUGUAAUCAUUAGGUUGUAAAAAGGUGCUGGUUAAGAGGACAACCAGCAGUCUGUCUCAUGAAUUUUUUUCUUUUUCUUCUUGUGAAACAGACAUGUAAAUAAACAUUUUGACUACU